AUGGGAGUGAAACUUCGAAUUUUUCUUACGAAAAUCACCAAACGAUUCUCUAUUUAUUUAGUAUUUGUUGAUACUGGUAUUCGAAUUGGAACUGAUGUGUUAAAAGCAUUAGCAUUAGGUGCACGAGCUGUUUUGAUCGGUCGACCAAUUUUAUAUGGAUUGGCUUGUGGCGGACAAGAUGGUGUUCGAAGAGUAUUAGAUAUAUUAAAACAUGAAUUAGUUUAUGAUAUGGCUUGUUGUGGAUUAACAUCGAUUGAUCAAAUUAAUAAAGAUAUUCUUUAUAAACAUUAA